AUGGGUAAAAAAAUUGUAUUUAAUAUAAGUAGUGAUUUUCAAUUAAAAUCAAUGUUAGGUGAAGGAGCCUAUGGUAUUGUUUGUUCUGCGAUACAUAAACCAACAAAUGAAAUAGUUGCAAUUAAAAAAAUUGAACCAUUUGAUAAACCAUUAUUUGCCUUACGUACAUUAAGAGAAAUUAAAAUUUUAAAACAUUUUCAUCAUGAAAAUAUAAUAUCAAUAUUUGAUAUUCAACGACCUGAUUCCUUUGAAAAUUUCAAUGAAGUCUAUAUUAUUCAAGAAUUGAUGCAAACAGAUUUACAUCGUGUUAUAAUGACACAAACUUUAAGUGAUGAUCAUAUUCAAUAUUUUAUUUAUCAAACAAUUCGUGGUAUAAAGACAUUACAUUCAAGCAAUAUUAUUCAUAGAGAUUUAAAACCUUCAAAUUUAUUAAUUAAUUCAAAUUGUGAUUUAAAGAUAUGUGAUUUUGGUUUAGCACGUAUCCUUGAAGAAGAAAUAAAAGAUGAAUCAGCAGGUACAAAUUCUGAUGACAAGAAACAAAAUGAAAAUAUGAUAUCCACAAAUGCUGGAAUGACAGAAUAUGUUGCAACACGAUGGUACCGUGCACCCGAAGUAAUGUUAACAGCUGCAAAAUAUUCAAGAGCAAUGGAUAUAUGGUCAUGUGGUUGUAUAUUAGCAGAAUUAUUUUUAAAGAGACCAAUAUUGCCUGGUAAAGACUAUCGACAUCAAUUAUUAUUAAUAUUUGGAUUGCUAGGUUCACCAACCGAAGAUGAUUUAAAAUGUAUUGAAUCAGCGCGUGCAAGACAAUAUAUUAAACAAUUACCAACAAUGGCUAAACCAAAUUUAUUUGAAAUUUUUAAAGGUUGCAAUGAAUUAGGUAUUGAUUUAUUGAGUAAAAUGUUAAUUUUCAAUCCAAAUAAUAGAAUCACUGCACAAGAAAUUUUAGAACAUCCUUAUUUAUCAACCUAUCAUGAUCCACAAGAUGAACCAAUUGGUAAACCAAUUCCAUCAAGUUUCUUUGAAUUUGAUAAUUAUAAAGAUGUUUUGACGACAAAGGAUCUUAAAAAAUUAUUAUGGAACGAAAUAUUUGCAUAG